AAAUUUUGUUUGAGCUUCAUCUUUGUUAUUUAUCAUCAUGAUUGAGUUUGGCUUUGUUCUAUUCAUGUCAGAGCAUUAUCAUUAACAAUAUCAGAUUUCUUGGCUGGACUCUUGCUUUAGCCAUGCUCAGUUCUAUCCACAUCGAAGCAUCAUCAUUAGCAAUAUCAGAUUUCUUGGCUAGACUCUUACUCUAGUAAUGCUUAAUUUUAUCCAUGUCGGAGCAUCAUCAUUGAUGACGUUAGAUUCCUUGGUUGAAGUUUUGCUCUGGCCAUGCUCGAUUUUAUCUUUGUUAGAGCUUCAUCAACAACAUUAGAUCUCUUGGUUGGAGUCUUGUUCUAACUAUGUUUGAAUCCACCUCUAUUGAAGCUUCAUCAACAAUAUCAAAUUUCUUGGCUGAAGUUUUGCUCUAGCCGUGUUGAAUUACUCACAACACAUCUACUUCGACUAGAGGGUUCACAUGACUUGUCUUUACAUCAAAAAUGUUAUGUUAUAUUUUUUGCUGAUAAUCGCAAUGGAGUCAACAUCACCAGAAGCAGUACUCAACAUUAUUCUCAGAUACAUUGCCAAAAUCAGCAUUCUCAUACAAACAUGUUCUACUUCAGUAGCAUUUUCUUAUACAUGUGAUGGGAAUCAAGAUGACAGCAUAUCUACUACGUCAUGUGAUCCAUUACACACCCAAGGAGGUCCAGUCACGCGAGUUAGAGCUAAGAAGAUGCAUGAAGUUUUAAAUGGCCUUAUUGAGCAGAUCUGGGUUGAAAACAACAUAUAACAAGCAAAUCGAAGCUUGGAUGAUUAUCAAGGCAUGGUAAACAUCAUUCAGGUUCAAGAGAAGCUUAGUUGAGGUCAUUUGCACGGAAUUACACAGUUUGCGUCAAAAUCGCACAGUUCUGCGGCA